UUACGUGUACACACGUCCUCUGAAUUGGACAGAGUGCAUGACGUAGAAAAAAAGACCUCACAGCUUCAGCUACAUCUGGAAUGUUGCAGCGAGCUCCAUCCCUGACAGCUAGGUUCAAUUAAAGAAGCGUGGAGACAUUAAGAAUCCGCAACUAAAAAUGUCCAAGAGUCUUAAUUAAAAACAUCUCGCUGAUUUAAGAAGGUCUCUCGGAGAAAACAGGUGGAGAGAAGUUCAUUCAAUAUCUGUCACAUACACACACAAACGCUCACACACAAACGCUCACACACACACACACACACACACACACUGGCAUGAUAUCUCUGUCUAUUCUACAAUGAACAUAAUGGAUGUCUAUUUCCUUUUGAGAGUGGCUGGAUACAUCGGAGGCUUCUGCUCCGGGCUCUUUGGUUGCUAUUAGUCCCUGUCGCAUCAAUUUGUUACAUCCUGCCCCCCCUCCCUUGAUCAGCCACAAUGGAGAGCCUAAGUGAGCUUCAGAACCCGCUCCUGGACAAAACCAGCAACCAUGUCAAGGGCAAUUACAGCUACCAGGGAGACUUCCCCAGCAGUCAGUACCAGGAAAACAUUUUCAACUACUUUGUGAGUGGCUCUAACAAAGCCAAGGCACAGCAGCUACUGGAUGCCACGUCCUUGCACCUCGCUGUGGAGGCCUUGUACCGGCCGAACUUCAUUCUGUACAAGGAGGACGCCAACGACAAAAACAAGGAUUACAAGAGCCAAUGUUGCGAGACCACCUUCACGGAGAAGAAGGACCAGGCUGCCGGAAGCGCAGAGGACCCAGAGGAGAAACUCGUGGACCUGGGUGAAAACGAUGUUAAAAUCCAAACAGUGUCUUACGAGGUGGAGGAAGAGGAGUAUCGUGAGUAUGAGAGCGACUGUUCCAGUGACAGUGAAAGCGAAGACGACUUCAUCAUGAUCGCCCCACGGGACCACUUAGGCCUGGCCAUCUUCUCAAUGCUCUGCUGCUUCUGGCCUCUUGGCAUCGCAGCCUUCUACUUCUCCCAGGGGACCAGUAAAGCUAUUUCCAAGGGAGACUUCCCCCUGGCAAGCUCAGCUUCAAGAAGAGCUCUUUUCUUGGCUGCGCUCUCCAUCACCAUCGGAACAGGCGUUUACGUGGGGGUCAUCGUGGCUCUCAUCGCUUACAUGUCUAAAUCAGGACAUGUAUAACACUAGGCCUGGGGCUGGAGUGCAUCUUGAAACAGUGUAUUAUCAUCAUAAACUACAGCAUGUCUUAUCGGUUCCUUUACCCCACUGCCUGUCAGUAUGGAUUAGUGCAGUGUUCAAAUUUCACCUUAACGACUGGAGACAUCACAAAGUACUCCGCAAGUCUUGUUAGCGCCAACCCAUUGAACUUCCUUGUUGUUUUAACGGCUCGGGACUGCAAAUUUAAAAAGGUCAAAAUAAAAACAAUUCAGAACGUGUUCUCUUGGGGACAGUCGAUGUGAAGAUUGCACAAAGAAAACAUGAAAAGCAAGCAUUCUGAAGUGGGAUUCAUUGCAUUGCUAGACUUAGUAAGAUCACGUUUUGUAUUUAUGUAGGCACUGCGAAUACUGUGUGUCACCUUAAAAAAACAUGCCAUUGCAUUAUUUACCUGUUAAGUGGACUUCCAAGUAAAAUAUAGGAACAUCUCUUUCGGCAUAUUCUAAGUACAGGAACUUUCAUAAAUGAAACAGUAUAUAUCAUUCAGUAUGUGAAAAAAACUAACACUUAAUUCUCAACUGUCCUCUUAAAAGCGUGGGAAGAAUCUUCUUUGACAUUACUUGAAGAUUUAUUAAAACACACUUUACAUUUUAUUCUAAAUGUUUCAAAUGUUUCAGUGUAUUUCAGAGCUUAACUGCUGGGACUUUGAUGCUGAAAAGCUUUUCAUUCCGCUCACAGCUGUUUCCAUGAAGGACGAUGUUCUUUCCUGUAAAAGUGAUGCCAACCUUAAUUCACUAGCCCCAGACGCGGCACUUACCAAAAGAGAAAGUUGUACGCCAAGGAACUAAAACAAAUCUGCUUCAUACUGAGCAUCAGCAAGGAGAGCAGAAAUCUGUUUUGCAGCACAUCAUCUGGAUGCAGUCAGUAGUGAAGCUGAUGAUUCAUUCUUAGCAUUAGGGAGCUAAUAGUGCCAGAAAGUAAACCAAGGAAAGUUGUGUUUCAGUGUUUUCAGGGGAAUUGAAUUUGCAUGCUGCAGAGAGACCCUGGUGCUUCACAGUGGCUGCAUGUGGACAUCAGGGGAACCGAAAUGCAUCUGUGCAAUUAGGAAGGGACCCAGUUCACUAGAGACUGUACUGGAGUGGGUUGACUGCAAGUCAAGAAAUCCUCAGUAAAAACAUAAUGUUAAAUAAUUAGAGAUCAUUAUUCCACAUUGUAUAAUGGAUGAAGGAGCAUCAAAUACAAGGGCAGUUCAAUCAAAGGGUUUUAACGCAAUAUAAACUAGGAGACCAGAAGGUUUAUAGACUUCUGCCGAACCCUCAGAUUGAAUUAAUGCCUUUAAUUUUGUACAGCCAAUCAUCACAGUCCUGUACUGUAUCAUAUAUAUUCUCAGUUUCUUUUGUAGAUCAUGCAUUAGCCAUAGUUGUUAACUUUGCUUUAGAAUUUGGUUUCAUUUGUUCUCAUUGAAGUCUCUCCUGUAAAAGCCCAAAGAAGCUGGUGCUAUAUGGGAAUAGGGUAGAAAUACAGGGAUAACAGAGCGAGUAUAAAGUGACAGAGGCAUUACCAGGAUUAUAAUUGUACAUCAGGUAUAGGACUUUAUCAUGGAAAUUGCUUAGCAGAAACUGACGCCCCAGUGGAGAGGAAGAUAUAAUGAACGCUGGUAUAGUGUAGCAUGCAGUGAGCCUGCACCCACAAGAGCAGCCCAAUAAACCCCAACAUUGACAGCACUCUUACAAUACCGCUAGAUCACUACAUUGUACAAUUCAAACCCUUCCAAAAGUCUCAAUGCUUUUCAUACUAUAAGUGUUUGUAAUGCUAUAAAUGCCAUGAGUGGGUAGGUCUAUAAUGUUCAAUAUGUGUAUAUAUUAAUAUGUCAAAUAAUUCAUUUCAAAUAAAGAGUUGCUAAGAGGUAUUUGUAAGAUAAUGAUGAAAAAAAAAGUUAUGUGUGUGUCAUAACAUUCAUAAGUGCCAUGUUAUUUUGCUACUUUGUAUAGUGGAUACAUUCUGAUUAUCGCUGUAGAAAAGUGUAUAUAAAGCAGAUAACAAUGAUUGAAUUUCAAACUAAAUUUUGCUUGUUCUUCAGAGAACGUUUCUCCACCAAUUUUUGGUUUCUAAUUAAUAAUUUAAUCAAAACUGACUAAAAAUGGUAAAAAAAAAAAAAAAACAUUGAUAUUACGCCCUCAUAAUUAUCUGACUUUCAAUUACAAAGUAUACAAUCAGAGUCCAGAGGACCUGUUCACUGUUUUUUUUAUUUAUUUUUUUAUCAACAGUCCUGUGCAAAUGCACAGUUUCAGUUGAAUAUAAUAUAGGUAACAUUGGCAAAUGCUUAAAUCAGGUAUAUUUGAUAAGAAUGGUGAUCAGUGCUAAAUACUAUAACCUGUAUUUGUCUUGAAAUAACCCAUUGAAAUGGUUUAUUUUCUACUGAAAUUGCUGUAAAUGUACCAGAAACAAGACCAAUGUUUCGUGGGCAUUGCCUUCUGUUCUGUUUGAAUAUGCCUGCCUUGCCUGUUUCACUGGACAAAUAAAUUAACUGUGACAAUAUUUUUUUUGGGGGGGAGUGAUUUCCAAUGUGUAGCCUGUGUACUGUAGAUUUUCUUUUGCCAGCAGUUAAGAGCACAAAAGAAAAUAAAUUGUUGUUAUUUGUAAAUAAAUCAAA